AUGUGGCUGUCUGAAUCUCAAAAAUUCGGUGUCGCAUUCACCUUCGGCGGGUUUCUGUUCUUUGUGUUUGGAAUCUUCACAUUUUUCGACCGUGCGCUAUUGGCACUGGGCAAUGUGCUCUUCCUGGUCGGCGUGCUGCUCAUCAUAGGCACCCAGAAGACCUACGUUUUCUUCACAAGGCCGACCAAGAGACGCGGGUCAAUUUUCCUGGCCUGCGGCGUGCUGCUGAUCCUGCUCAAAUGGACCUUUGUCGGGUUCCUCAUAGAAUCGCUCGGCAUCGUAGGCCUGUUCGGCGAUUUUUUCGGAGUUAUCGUGCAGUUUCUGCGGUCGAUGCCACUCAUAGGGCCCGUUCUUUCCCAUCCGGUUAUAGCCCCCGUUGUAGACAAAAUCGCAGGUAUACGCGUGCUGCCAGUCUAG